AUGAGCCACUUCGAAGUCAUCCAGGAGCUCGGCGACGGCUCGUUCAGCGAGGUGCUCCUGUGCCGUCGUAAAUCCGACCAAUCGGUGUGCGCGCUCAAGGUCAUGGUCAAGCACCACAUCCUGAAGGAGAAGAAGGCCGAGUUCGUCAAGAACGAGCGCGUGGCGAUGGACAGGUGCGCGGACGUGCCCGGGGUGGUCCGGCUCAGAUUCACGUUCCAGGACUGCAACUCGCUCUACAUGGGCAUGGACUACUGCCCGGGAGGCGAGUUGUUCGACCAGAUCCGCCGCCGUAAGCCGCGAGGGCUGCCCUUAAGGCACGUGCGAGCGUACGCGGCCGAGCUUCUGGACACCUUGGACGCCGUGCACACGCGGGGGAUCGUCCACAGGGACGUCAAGCCCGAGAACGUCCUACUCGACGAACGUGGGCACACGCUCCUCACGGACUUUGGCAGCUGCCUCGACCUCCGCGAGGACGGCGACGGUACACCGCGGCUCGCGUUUGUCGGCACGUGCGACUACGUGCCGCCGGAGAUACUCGGCGAGCCGGGGGGCGACGAGGUGGGCUGGGCCGAGGACCUUAGUAGACCGAUGCCCCCGCCGGCAAGCAUGGACUGGUGGUCGUUCGGGUGCGUGGUGUACCAGAUGCUGACGGGGACGUGCCCUUUUCGAGGAGCGAACGAGUUCCUGACGUACAACAACAUAGUCGCCAGGAACGUCGCGCCGUGGCCCGACUGGCUGGCGGACGAAACGUCGGACGCGGACGCGACCGACGCGGCGAAGGACCUGGUAGAGCAGCUCCUGAACCCGGACCCGUUCGAGAGGCUCGGGUCGGGGCCGAGGGGCGCGGACGACAUCAGGGCGCACCCAUUUUUCGAGUCUGUUUGCGAGUGGGGCGCGCCGCUUCGGUCGAGGUCGGCGCCGACGCCGAUGUCGAGGUCGCGGAGGAACUCGUCAUCGUCGGACAGCUCGGAGUACGAUUGCGCGACGUGA